UUUCUGGACCUACCAUAACACCCCAGGGCAGCAAAUCAUUAAGAUGGCGCAAGGGUAUUCUAUUUUCAUCGGCCUCGUGGUCAUCGCUGCGUUAAGCGCAGCGGCUUGGUUUAUGUCCCCCAAAGGCGAGAAUCAAGUCUUAUGGCGAUCAUCUCUUAUUCUCGCUAUCGUCAGCUGCUAUCUAAUGUGGCUUAUCACCUUCCUCGCGCAACUUCACCCGUUGAUUGCACCAAAACGAAGCGACCUACGAGAGGAGUUUCUAGGGCAUACUAUCUAGAAGCUGAUUUCCAGUUCGGGCGAGCGCGACUUCAAACAUGUGCGACAGACUGGCGUUAGGGGUUCUAUUUCAUUCAUGGCAUCUUGUAUUGUACCAGGCUUCUUUCUGGGUGUUCCUCUUCUUACCUUCACGCCAUUAUUGAUCGAUAGGGUAUGGAGAUAUCGGCAUGGGUUGAGACUGGCCUGGGUCAUGUGUAUGUUAAAUUGUGUGACGGGGCCGAUAUAUUUACGGUAUCACCGUGUAAUAACAACAUGAUAUAGGCAGUCAUGGCGCUGUUAAUGC